GGGUUCGCGCGGGUAUCAGCACGGGCCACGUGCACUGGCUGGUCAGCCCGCAGAGCCACUCCUUGUCGUACAUCGGUCGGCCCAUCCAGGCGGCCACCAAGCUUGCAAGCAUGGCCGCUAGCAGCCAGGUCCUGUGCGACGAAGCCACGCAGCGGGCCGCCUUGGCUGCCGAAACAGCGGCGGCGGCUGCGGUGGCAGCGACGACCGAUACUGACGGCACUCUUAGCGGCGGCGGCGGCUCUUGGGGGUGUGAGACCGUGACGAGUGGGGAGGAUACCGAUCGCGGUGAGAUCGGCUUGCAGCAGCUUACCUUCAUUCCCGCCGGAGUUGUGGUCAGGAAGCAGAGCAAGCUGCCUGCCGGCACACAUGUAUGCGGAUUCCUCGAUGUCGGGCCGUUGGUACCCAUGUACCGCCGCGCGCCUGUUACUACCGGUACCUCCCCUGCCGCGACUGCCACGGCCGCCGCCCUCCCAACCAUGAAGUCACUGUGCCUCUCCACGGCGUCCACAUCCUCCCUGCCGCGGCCUCGCUCUGGAAGCCGGCUGCGCUUCCCUCUGCCCAGCAGCCCUAGACCUCAACAGACCUCGUGGCUUCCUAUCCCGCACGGCGCAGCCGUUGUGGGCGCCGCGCCAGUUGUCCCGGCCGCAAGCCACUCGUCUCGCGACAUGGCUUCGGUGCAAGCGAGAUCAGCAGCCAGGCUUUUGACCGCAGGUGGCGAAGAUAGGCGCCGAUCCGGCGCCGCCGCUGCCGCAUUUGCAGCAGGACGCAGAGAUGGCGUUUCGCGGCAGAGCGCCUCUGCUCCCACAUCGGCUGAGGAGGAGGCGGCGACCAGGACUGUGAGUGCGGUUAGCUUGGGCUUCAGUAGCAGCCCGUACGGGGCUAGCGCAGCGGAUACCUGCGGUGUCCCAGUUCCCGGACCGCAACAGCGGCAGCAAGAACAAGCUCAGGAGUCUGCGGCAGCGGACGGGUUGUCGCUAGCGUUGGCUGCUGCCCGUAUGCCGCUAAGCCUCUGCCCAUCAGGCUUGCCCUCCUUGAAGCCCCGGGCGGAUACCGGCAUACUGGAGGCAGAGGCCUCGGCUUUGGCUUUAACUACUCAUCACGCGGCAUCACAGCCCGCCGUCGCUGCCGCUACCGCCACCAUUGCUCCUGUGGAAGUUGGGGCGCCCGAGGAUAGCUGCCCACAUCCAGCUACGCAUGCGGAAGGCGAGGUUGCAGCUGCUGCGGGUUUCCCUCGGAGUGGAGCUGCGGGCAGUAGCCAUGUGGUGCGUGCGGAGGUACCGGCAUCAGCGGAGGACGCAUGUGCGCAGGCAGCAGCAGGAGAGGCGGGAGCCCCGAUCGGUAGUGGCGGCUUCAGUGUUGAGCCGCCGAGGUCAUCUCAUACCUUCACCGCAUGCACUGUGGCCACAGGCGCGUCCGCAGGCCUAACGUCACUGACGUUGUCCACCAUGCAUACCUCCCGGACGAGUACACUGACGGGGGCAGCAGCAGCUGCUGCUACGUCAGCAACGAUGACAACCAGAGCGAUGAGUCGUGCAUGCAGUCACACCACGAACUGUACUUCAUCCGCACGGGUGCCUAGCUUGGUAACGGAUGCAGCAUCGACCCACGCGCUGUGGAACGCAGUACGGGAGGAGCUUGCCAGUCAACGCGGACGGCCAUCCAACACCGAUGAUGCUACCGCUAAAGCAACUAUCGAUGGCACAAUGGCUCGAACUGCUUCUUCAAGUAUUGCAAUGAUGUCAUUCGAUGGCAUGAGUGGUGUGGGAUUAAGGAAAAAAGCAGCACUGGAGAAUGCUCCAGCACUGCGAGAUGCCCCUCUUGUCGCUGCCCUGCAGCCGGUUGGCGGCUUGGCGACCCAACCUGCCGCUGUACAAGCAGCCGAGCCCAACAACAGCGCCGAGGCCACAGCUCUGGAGCCGUCCUUGCCGGCGCCGCAACAGGCAGCUCCCAGCGCCGUCGCGGGUGGUGGGGAAGGAGGCUUGGGGCAACACGGUGCAAAGUCCCUGCAUGCAAAGUUCGUAGGAGGAGCUUCAGCAGCCGCUGCUGGCAGUGGAGAUGCUACCCGGCUCGGGGCUGCUGCGGCCGAUGAUGACAGCGGUGACGCUCCUCUCACGGUUCCGCAGUCUCCGGUCCUUGCCAUCCGGGGGACACCGCCUAAAGCGCCGGAGCCAAAGAAGCAAAAGCUGGUCAUCGACGGAAGCUUCGAUAUGGAUUGCUCACCGUUCAGGGAGAGGCCAGCCCUGGAUAGCACUUCACGGCCCAUGUUUAGCCGUCUACCAGGAGCAGCAACAGCACUGGCCGGUGCAGCCGGAAGCAGUGGCAGUGUUAGCCUUGGGGACGAUGGUAGCCGCAGGGUCCUUGUUGCCGCAGGCCCCAAUGACGCGGCAAUGUCGUCUCCUUCGUUGCUGCCUCCGCGAGGGCAUCCAUCCCUGGUCAGGGACAACACGUCUACGUCAGCAGUGCUUCCGUCUCCUUCGCCCUUCUUGCGUCACUCCUACGCCGCGCCGACAACCUCCGCACCUACGGCCACCGUUUCCACGCAGCUGCCCGGCCCACCGCAUGCGAGCGCGUGUGCCAAUGUGGCAAGCCCGCCUGCGCAAUCCGGCAGAGGCGGCAGCUCUGGUGCCCUUACGCGACUGCGUAGCUUCCUACGACCGUUGCGAGGGUUACGGCGUGGCAGCAACCUGUCGACAUCGGUGGCUGCGCCAUUGGACCAGCAGGCCGGCAGCCCCCAGCCUAGCCCACGGGGGCUGCCCUCUUCGGGAAGCAGCCUCAUGCGGAGCUGCAGCGGCGCGGUUGAGCCGCUGUUGGUGCUGCCGCUGCGACCCGCAGGCGGGUUACCAGCGAGCGGCAGGUCGCAGGAGGGGCAGCCGGGCUCACAGCGGGCAGUAGGAACGAAUUCGGGUGGUGCAGGAGGCGGCGAGAGCGAGGGGUGCGCUUCCUUGUCGGCUAGGACAUGGCUUACGCAGGGUUCCAAGCGGAGGAGCUCGUUAAUGCUGGGAGGAGGGCGAGGAGGAGGGAUGGCAGCGGGUCGGGGUGGUGAUGGCGCGUCGGGUUCUCCUGGGGUGUCGGCAACGACCGGCUUUGGUCCGGGAUCGGCUGGUGCUGGUUCUGGAGCCCAGGGGUCGGCGGAGGGCGCCGGAAGGCGGCAGAAGGAGGUCGAGCCGCAGGAUCUUUGAGCUGCGAGACAUGGGCUUGAGGGGCAGGUUGACCUCGAAGAUGGUUGAGGGAUGGGCUGCAAGCGUAGUUGUUGGAUGUAGUUCCAGCAGAGGUAUGCGUGGCCAGUGUUCUUGUCGGUUACUGGUUAAGCUGUUCGUGUGGUCUUUCCUAUCGUGCUGAGGGUGUAAUUAUGUUUCGAACGGAUGCACCGGCCAUUCAAUUCAACAGACAGCAGCAGUUUGGGGCCAGUACUGAUUGCCCAAAAUGUGUCGGCUUUCCUGAUGCAGUUGUUCUCGGAGCACGGGGAUGACGUUAUCGUUCGGGCUUGCAUAAAUGUUGCCGUGCGGUGCUGAUGCAUGAGGGGUUUGCGACAAUGGACAUUGCAGGGAGGUAGUGACUGGGUCAUGCGUGGAAGGUACCCUUAACACCGCUUACAGGCAUAUGCUUGAUGUGCUGCCCCGCAUGGGGUUGGCUGCGUGCAUGCCUCAAACCAGCGAUCGUCCAUUAAUGCCGUACGAUGUCGUUAGUGGUUUAUCGCCUUCUUUGUAGUGUAGAUAAGCAGGAGGGUAUGUGACUCCUCAUGUUCGUAGGCUGGUUAGGGUCCCCUAAUGAGCUUCCGUUCAACGCAGUUCUAGCCUUUCAGGGAACAGUGGACAAAGUUAUGACCCAUGGGUCGCAUGACAUGUCGCUGGUUCUUGGUGCUUACGGUGGGGGGUUUAUUGGUGGCUAUUGCGGGCACGUAGACACACAUCAUGGGCUGGCGCAGAGGUCUCAAGGAUGCGCUGCAGAACGCUUGCUAACUUCAACGUGUACUUGAGGCUCUAUGUACGAGGGGCCAGCUCGGCUUUCAACGGGUGAGGAGUCCUUUGCCAUGGCGCACAUUGUGUUCACUACCCCUCAUCUAUGGAGCUUUUUUUGAGGAAUGCCAUAUAGACGCAUUCCAUUAUUUUAGCUUCACUGCUUAUGGCAUAUCAAUAAAUGGGACGUAAACACGGUUUGAUGGUUGCAUGUGACAGUUCGGCUGCAUUGAGCUGUUAGCGGGCGAGAGAGGAGUAAAGUUGCAACCCCAUGCGGAUACUUGGAUGCAGUUUAGCUGGACUGAUGUCAAAGCAGGAGACCGCAAUGCUCAAACCCUAUGCCCUGCCCUGCGGUCGGAGGUGGACGAGCAAGACAUAUGUCGUGACUUUGUUCUGGUUUCUUCUCGUUGCCUGCUAUGUAGACGAUGCUUAUAUCGAUGACACGUCGACUAAGCUAGCGUACCCAAGAUAAUGCGUGCUUGCAUGGCAGUGAAACCCGCCAUUCUUUACCUGACUACUAUCAUAACUACUCUUGCCUUAAUAAUCUCAAAAGUAUUUUACCUUACAAGCGUAAGGACGCCUGGAAGCGCUGACAGAUUGCUAGCAGACCAACCGCAGCUGAAGACGUUGGUAGUCAUCCUUGCCGAAACACGAGCGCACGAGCUCACUUGGCGGAGCUUUCACGACAACGUCCUGUCAGUUCUGAAUGCCGACCUUGCAGUGUGCAUCAGCAAUGAAACAGACAAGGACGAUCCCUUCACACACGCGGCCAAAUACAAAUGGCUGCACGCAGAGCCGAAGGAUUGGGCAGAUGCGUUCGACAACGCGGCCAACUGCAG